AUGGCGUUUACUCCGGAACGCGGUGCAUUAAUCGUCGAUUCUCAAUAUGAAAAUGAAGAUCAGCAGUUUUUGGAAGAAAUACAUCUAUCGAAAAAUAACUGUACUGGUGCGGACAAUGGUUCUAUUAAUAGCGAUCACGCUAGCAGUAAUGGCUUCUACAAUCGAGAUUAUUCACAAUCCGGCAAGACAUAUACACGAUUGCGAACAAUUAAAACUGAACCAACGGAUUACGAUGAACAAACUUGUUCAGAAAAUGGUCGGUCGGCUCAAAGUUUUGGAGAAGAUAAUGCAUCCAUUAGUGAGGCAAGUCAAGUGGAUUAUUCCAUCAGCAAUCGGUAUGUAGGGCAUUCUCCACGAAGUGCAAGAGCAGGCUAUGAUGUUGUAAACUACAGUGCUGUAGAAGGUAUUAAUCAACUCAAUCGAGUGGUACAAGAACCAGGUCCGAUAGGGGAGGAUGUAGAGGAAAGACAAGAUAAUAAUGGAUUGCAAGGCCGUAGCGGUGUUUCCGCCGUGUGGACGCCACCUUCAUUUCGAACAUAUCGACCACCAUGUUCUAUAGAUUGGCGACAUCCGCGGGUGAGAGAUGUCUUACGUGACUACAGGAGUCAAAAAAUUAGCUCACGUGAAGGUGCUGAACUGAUCACAAAAAUAACAGGCAGUCCAGUAUCUACUACAACAGUAAGGGUGAAGAGCCGAAUGCUGGACGAAUUGGACGCACAGUGUGUGGAAAACGGUGUUGAGUCAAGAUGUGGCUGUGAAGUUGGAGCCAGUGACGGUGCAGAUGCAAAUCAACCAUUACGAGAAAAUGGAAGAAUCAAAUUCCCGACGAACAAUGUCAACAAAGCUCUAAUUCCUGGCGUCAAUGCUCCAAUUGUGGCUCCGCCUAAUUCUCCAUAUUAUCUAUCUUUUUCACGCCGCUUCAAGCAAACUUCAUUGACAGUACCUCUCAAUCCGGAUGAGGUUCGGCUCUACAGGCAUGCAUCUCAUUCAAAAUCUGGACGAACAAUACAUUUCAGAUGUUCGCGCUGCGAUACUCUACAUCAAACUUACAAAAAUGGUGAAAUUGCACGUAUAAAAAUGGUAGAUGGCGUUGUUGUUAGCCAACUGUAUCCAUUACAUCAUGAACGCUGUAAACCAAUAAGACUAGUGGAAGCCAGAGCAAAAGAAAUCGAACGACGUUGCCGAAAAGAUAUAAUUUUAGGAAUGAAUCCAAAAGAAGCCUGGAAAAAGGGACGAAAAGCAGCCAUUUCGGAAGCGACGGCAGCUGGUUUCCCUGUGUAUGGUCCUGGUUCUAUAUUAUCUGCGUUUCCGGAGUGGGAUAAAGUAAAAGCACUCUUUGGUGCCUUACGCGCAAGAUAUAUCAGAAGACAGAUGCAUCUCAAACAGCGUAUGGGCGGCAAAAAAAGUUUCGACAAUGAUGAAAAGAAAUUGGAGACUGCUGAUUUUGACAUGGCGGAAGUUGCACGACCAAAAAGAACAUGGGUUGGACAAGGAGGAGCAUACGCUAAUGCAGUGAGGCAUGAUGAUGGCGCGUCAACAAGUGGUUUGGAGAAUGUAGCAGUCAGUGAAGGUGAGGAAAUUGUGGGUAAUGACUUCGAACUGGACGAUUUUGAAGAAGAGUCACUGUAUAAUUUCAUGCAAAAUGCGGGGAAAGUUGCAAAUUUCAAUCAGGCCUGCAAUAUUUCAAAUAAUACUGUGAAUGGUGCGGUUCCUAGAAACUCUUCAAAUGAGUCACCAGCACUUACAUCUACUUUUACACCAGAAGCAGCAGUUGUAGAUGAACGGCAUUCUGAUGUUCGGCAAAAUACCAUCAGGCAAGGACAUGUUACUAUGGAUUCUGACAACUCAAAAGUAACAUAUGAAGUACAGGAAGUAGAACGCGCAAUUGCAAGAGCAAGUUUGCCACUUGAACGAACUUUCCCGGAUCAACUGAAUCGACCACCAGUCUUGACACCAUCUCGUUCCAGUCCAUCAUCCAGUGUUCUUUCUGCUUCCGUAGAAGGCCUGUCGGACGCUGAAAGGAGAGCUGGACAUCCGAGAAAAAAACGAAAGCGGUCAGAAGAUCCAAAACCAGGCCAAGAUUAUAUAACAUUUGUGUCUCCAGCUGGCGUUUUACCAUGCGCAGAAAAAAGAAAGGAGAAAGAAGUUUCAGAGAAAAAAUACACUGAGGAAGAUGCGACGGAGAAGCUGAAGAAAAUAGAGUUAUAUAUUGCCCAGUAUAAUGCACUAAGUGAUAAUAAAAUUGCCACAAUCCAUGUAAGUCGAGGAGGUGAUUUGAAAUUACAUGGUAGUAAGUAUAUCGUCGACGCUUGUUUGCAUUCAUCCGUUAUUAGAGAUUUAAAAAAGAAAUGGAGGGAGCGAGAAGAGGUUGAUGAGGAAGGUGUCGAUGAUGAUGAGCUUGUUUCAAUCCCGCUGGUUAGGUGUUUACCAAAUUUAGAAAUUAAUAUUGCCAACACUUCCGAUGUACGUGCAAUGCUUAACCGAUUCUUGGAAUCAAUGCAUUAUCCUUGGAAGCCAUGGUUUGGCGUGUCGCAUAAUCCAGAUUAUUGGCCACCGUCUGUUCCAUUUUACGAUCCGAAUAACGAUCUUCUGAGCUUGAGUAAUUUUAAACAGCGAAAAGAAAUUGAAAAGCAUUCUAUUGUGGAUCUUGAAAGGGAUAUUUUGAAGUAUGCUUUCAAACAUUAUAUAUGCUUCAUGGAAUAUCACUUUGGACUUACUGGGCCAAAUUAUGAUGAUGAUCCACGAAAUAUUGAGGGAGAUACAAACACAAAAAUGGUGCGACAGUGUACUGUUGGUGUAAGUGCCAAUUUGCUGCAAAAGGAGUCUUCAGCUGUUUCAGUAUCAGAAGUACAAAAUGUAGAAACAACGAAAACGCAGUCAGGUAAAGUUCAAGAGUCAGAUUCAUCUGUUGGCCUCAUUUCCGGAAUACCACAUUCAUCAGCAAGUAAUGAAGCUGGCGAACAGUGUUCAGAUCCGACAACGUCUGCAAUCGUUGUCCCGCCUAUUUCAAAUUUUGCAACAUUACCUCUUUCCAGUGAAAGUAUUUUAGAGGAUCAACUGUCACUUUUUCGAAAUUCAGUUUUGCGAAUUCGUUAUGAUCAAAUGGGUGCAGAUGUGCGGACGAUUUUUGAAUCAAUAAUCAAAAUCCAGAAUCAUUCGACAUGUAGAACUUUGGUGGUUUUUGCGGACGAACGAAAUAAACUGAGCUUAUCUGGUGACAAAACUCUGAUCUCAGCCUUUUUAAGCUCAAACAUACCUCAAUGUCUGCCUUUGGCCAUAAGCAACGGCUUUGACAAUCAAACUAUAACACUGCCUUUACUUCAACUUUACGAAGAUGCCGUUGUCGAUGGAAUGACUGAAGACCGCACAUUAGAUUUACUGGAUGACAUGAUGACGCAUGUUAAUUUCCCAUGGGCAGAUCCGUAUGAUGGCACUCAACCAGAUUGUUGGCCGCCUGAGAUACCUUUUUGUCCACCUUGGUCAAAUAAUGGAAGAGGAAUAUUGAAUCGACGAAUUGGUGCAAAUACUCCUGGUCAAGCUGCUAAGGUGGUUCUCAAAAGCGUCCGAUGGUUUUAUUCUGAAAUGCUGCUUGAGAAAUUGAAAUUAGAGGACGGUCUGAAUAGGAUUGCUCAAUCAUUAGCCGAAUUGACUCAUAAUCUUCUUCAAGAAAGAAGCAGCGCUUUACAAACACCCAUUCCUCGUUCAGCCUCUCAAGAAGUAACUCAAUUCCGUGUUCCUGGCAAAGUCGUGAAACGGAGUCCAUCUCAGCGCUCUUAUUCUUCGCAGUUACGAACUUCAUCACGUCAUUCUGGAUCAUCACAGGAACUGCGAAUAUAUGAUCAAGCGCCACUUGUACCACCAUCACCAGAAGUACGAACUGAUUUCACGUUGCAAGAUUUGCCUUACCGUGGUCGUCCAGCUCCACUUAGUCCAUCGCAACAUUCGGUUUCAUCUCAGGAAACUGUUCCAUUUCGAUUGCCGCCUCAUCAUCCGUUGGCAAAUGCGCAUCUUACUUUGCAGCAACACCCCAUUUCUGAAGAGCCAUACGAAGCUCGUUCAGAAACUUAUAUAAUAUCUGAUGAUCGUGGUAUGUCUGGGAUGACACCUGCUGAAUCUUGCAUACUCCAAGAAGUGCCUUUCCAGAAUCCGAAAGCAGCAGUGCCAACUCGUUCUCAUGUUUCAACACCAUCACGAGAUUUCAGGAUGCCGCGGAUUCCAUCUCAACAAGUAUUUACUUCAGAAGAUCGUCCGGCUGGCUGGACCUCGCGCCAUUCUUCGAUAAGUUCGGGAUCGAGAUCUUCGCAAAGUAAUAAAAGUUCUCGUCACUCUAGUGUGCGUUCUGAGUCGCGUGGAUCAGUUGCAAGUGCAUCAUCGAAGCAGUUUAUUGCCCCCGGACAUUCUUAUCAAGUACCUAUGUACAACAAAUCAAGUGCAGUAAGGUUGCAUGACCAAAAGGAACAACAGCAGUAUUCUACGGCAUCAAUAGCUACCAGACCGCAGCACAAUCCUUAUAUAGUUGGAGAAGAUUCUGCUGCAACAAAUCGAUUCCGUGACGAAAGUUCCUCAUUUCGAACUGCAACCCCACGUUCCCAUCAUUCCGAAUAUUCUGCUUCGUCACGUGAUGUGGUUGUUCAGGGUUCAUUAAGUCCACAGUUUCAUUUUCAACAAUCAGAGUUGGCGAGAGAUUUUGUGGCACCUCAGAACCCAUCAUUACAGCAACUAGAACAGCAACAAGCACAGGAGAAAGGUUUUAUAAGGGUACUGUGUGCCUGUGAGCCAGGUGUGGAGUUGAACGCGAAUGAUUGCGUACGGUGUAAUCGUUGCCAUAAGAAUUUUCAUUCUAAGUGUUUGCCGUUAAAACGGAGAGUUAGUAAUUACUACUGUGUGUCUUGUUAUGAGAAGUGA